AUGGCUGGAUUCAGCUGGUAUCUCUCUGAAGGCUUCCAGGUAAUUAUUGAGAAGUCUAAAGAAGCGAAAUGUUCCUUAAAAGACGUACAAUUGCGUUUCUUGUGCCCUGAUGACUUAGAAGAGGUCAGGUGUCUCUGCAGGGAUUGGUUUCCAAUAGAAUAUCCACAAUCAUGGUAUGAAGACAUAACUUCUUCGGAGAGAUUUUUUGCAUUAGCAGCAGUUUAUAAAACACAGAUAAUUGGCUUAAUAGUUGCAGAGAUUAAACCAUAUUUAAAAUUAAAUGCAGAAGACAGGGGUAUAUUGUCGAGAUGGUUUGCAUCAAAAGACACCCUUGUUGCAUACAUCCUUUCAUUAGGUGUAGUCCGAGCAUACCGUCGUUCAGGGGUAGCGACAAUGCUUUUGGAUGUACUCAUCAAUCACCUCUCGGGACCCAUACCACAACCGCCUCAUGAGCACCGAGUCAAAGCCAUAUUUCUGCAUGUGCUCACUACUAACAAUGAAGCCAUACUUUUUUAUGAAAAAAGAAGAUUCAAACUGCACUCAUUCCUGCCAUAUUACUACUCAAUAAAGGGUAGAUGUAAAGACGGGUUCACAUAUGUGUACUAUGUGAACGGCGGCCACGCGCCCUGGGGUCUCUAUGAUUACGUGAAGUACGUGGCCCGGACUGCUUGGAGAGGGGGCGGGCUUUACCCCUGGCUGUGGGGUAAGUUGACCGCCCUCACCAUAGCCUGGCACAGGUAG